CUGAGACGCCUCCAGAAGGGCACGACACUAGCUGCUCGCUUUCCCUCCACCAAGCCUUCCACAUGAGCCAGCCAAGCCGUGCCUCCCCACCAGGAUGAAGAAAGAAAAGAAAACGCACGCUCUCCUGUUUGUCCUGCUGCUUCACUUCACCUCGGGGCAAUCAGACUAUGCGCCGUAUUUUUAUGAUAAUGGACCCAGCAGUAAACAUGGGAAUAUGGCCUUGUGCAGCAUUUCUGAGGAUACGCCAGUUGGGACACAGAUAUACAUUCUGAAUGGUACAGAUCCAGAGGGAGAUCCAGUGCGAUAUGGUCUGACUUUUGAAAUGGGCUCCAAAGAAUAUUUUAGGGUGGACUCCAAAUCAGGAAAGGUGACUCUGAUUCAGGAGCUCGACAGAGAGAAGCUCGAUGAAAUCUCAGUGCUCGUGAGCAUCACAGAUGGUCGCAAUAAAGUAGUUGAGACAGUUAGAGUGUUCGUCACUGAUGCCAAUGAUGAACCACCCGAAUUUCAAAAUCUGCCUUUCAUUAUUGACAUCCCAGAGGAUACGGCUCCAGGAAGUAGCAUCUACAGAGUCCAAGCAGCAGAUAGAGAUAUGGGCUCAGGAGGCAGUGUCUCAUAUUAUUUACAGACCUCACCGUUUGCCAAGUUCACCAUCGAUGGGAACAGCGGGAUCCUCAAAGUCAAGCCUGGUGAGACUUUGGACUACGAGACCACGCCCACUCACUUUGUGACCGUGGUGGCAAAGGAUGGAGGUGGAAAGUACAAAGGGAAGCAACAGGUCUUGACCUCCACGGCCACCAUGACGAUCAAUGUGCUUGAUGCCCAAGACAUGCCUCCAUCCUUCAUAGGAACCCCUUACUUUGGCUACGUCUAUGAAGUCUCAGUUCCUGGUUCUGAAAUAUUCACAGUGUACGCUAAAGAUGGAGAUCAAGGCAAACCUAACCCAAUACAAUAUUCCAUUAUGAAUGGUAGUGAUGGUGUCUUUGACAUAAAUAGCACAAGUGGAUGCAUCACCCUGUCAAUUUAUCCAACUCUGCUGAGAAAUGAAUUAUAUGAAAUUAUAGUCAAGGCGUCUGAGGUAGGCCCUAAGGAUCAGCAGCUGGACUACGACGUUACCACUGUGACGGUCCGGGUGGUGGAUCUCAACAACCAUCCUCCGACCUUUUACGGACACAACGGACCACAGAGCAACUUUGAGGUCACCAUGUACGAGCAUCCUCCAGCCGGGGAGAUCCUGCGAGGCUUUAAAAUCACCGUCAAUGACUCCGAUCAGGGAGCAAACGCUAAAUUUAAACUGAGACUCGUGGGGCCGAGUCGAGUGCUGCGAGUGGUUCCCCAGACAGUCCUCAAUGAAGCACAGGUGACCAUCAUUGUGGAAGACACAUCUGGCAUCGACUAUGAGAAGGGAAAAACACUCUCUUUUAAGCUGCUGGCGGUGGAGAUCGACACUCCUGAGAGGUUCAGUGCAACAGCUGACAUCGUGAUCAACCUGCUGGACACCAACGACAACAUCCCCAAAUUCACAGCCGAGUAUUACAUCGCCAGGGUCCCUGAGAACUCUGUCGGAGGCUCCAGCGUUGUGUCUGUAACGGCAAAUGAUCCAGAUUCAGGGCCCUGGGGGGAAGUCAAAUACACGAUUUAUGGAUCAGGAUCAGAUUUGUUUGCCAUCAACCCGUCAUCGGGCCUCAUCUCCACGCAGCCCUGGACCAGCUUAGAUGCAGAGGUUAGGUCUAAAUACAACUUCUAUGUCAAGGCUGAAGAUUCAGAGGGAAAGUACAGCUUGUCUGAAGUCUUUGUCACCGUCCUCGACAUGAACGACCACUCUCCGGCAUUCGAUGAGAAACUCCUGGAAAAGACCAUGAUUAUUGGUAUACCUGUCAGAGUAGAGGCAGUGGAUGAAGAUGCAGAGUCCCCGAACAACGUCAUUGAAUACUCCAUCAUGACGGCCGAUCCCGACAACGCGUUUGAUAUUAACGCAGACACUGGAGACAUCAAGCUGAAGCCGUACAUCAAGUCCAUGGAGAUUGUGCAGAACAUCACCAAGCAAAAGGACUGCAAGUGGUCUCUGGUGGUCCAAGCCAGGGACAGAGGCUCUCCGUCCUUCAGCACAACAGCUGUGGUCAACAUCGAUAUCACAGAGGCGACUCCUCUCAAGGGGCCUAUGGCAGCCUUUUUAUUGAAAAGUAGGGACAAUCCAAUGAAAGCUCUAGGCAUGGUCACUGUUGUCAUUAGCAUAUUGGUAGGAGUGACUGCCUUGAUCUCUGCAGGUAUGUACAUGCGAAACUCAAAGUCAAACCGGAUCAUGCCAGCACGUCGCAUCAUUAAGAGGCGACCCAGGGACCAGCAGCCCUGGAUCUUCAACAUGCCUGUUGUCCAAUUCAGCAACCCUGCAGAUAAGUUCCUUAUUGUCAACCAAGAGAGAAGCCCACGGCCGAAGCCUCCCCCUCCCAGUGCUCCACCGCCCCCGUGUAUCACACGGCCAUAUGAGAGGGCCCGGGCGGUCCCAACCAUAUCUGGUGUGCUGGCCUCCAAAGGUUCCAAAAAAGCUAAAUCGAAUCGCCGUAAAGAGGGAAAUAUCAGCUCUGCUCUGGUGUCGGAGCUUAAAAAGAAGCUUGAGCAGAAAAUGAUUGAGAGCAACCAAGGUUAUUAUUAACUCUGUUGUUAAAGGUCCUUUGACAACUCUGUCCGAGACUUCCCACCUGUAUGUAAUGAUCUGGUAGGGUGGGCCGGCUGUAGGUUAUUCAGGAGUAAAUGGUAAAAGGAAAGUUUACAGGUAUUUAGGUCUCAAGAUGAGAUAAGAAACAAGUGGGCAUCCUCAGUUGACCUGGCUUGGGUAAAGAGAGGAGCGCGCUUGAGUCCGUGUGGUAUAAUGGGAAGUAAUUCUCCACAAUGCCAUCUACAGGAAGAUUACAUAAUAAGAAGCACCAGUGUAAAUUGCCCAGGGAGAGGAUUACUAAGAUUUACCGUAUAUACACACACGUUGCGUAACUUCCUGAAAAAUAUCCUACUUAAAAAAAUAAAAAAAUUCCUUUUGCUGGACAAUGACUCAGUCAGGAAAAACCAUGCUUCUUAUAAAGUGCUAAAUAAAGGACCUGUGUUAAUAUUUUUUACUGUGUUACAUCAGCUGCUUGAAAGCUGAGAGGUUGCUAUUUUGUAUGAUUACAAUGUGCCACUGUAGGUUUUCACAGUAACACAAGCUAGUAGAGUUGCUUUUAUUCAUUUGAGUGUGUAAAUCUAGAAAAAUGCUUUUAUAUAAAUAACAUGUAUCCAUUUAAAUGUGUGUGUAUAUAUAUAUAUAUAUGCAUGUAUGACAAGAUAUGAACAUUCCCCUGGUUCCUGUUGUAGUAAUAAACAUGUGCAAAUGAAACCAUCUAAUUCCACUUAAGAUGAUUAAGCACAGGUCACUAUAACCUGCUUAGACAUUUCCAUUGUAUAUAUAGAUGUUGAAAUAUAGAGUCUGUGUCAAACAUGUUGGUUCUUCUCCACUUACCAUGUUACUCAUGUUGCAAUGCCUUCAAAUAUAGGCAACUAAAAUAAGGUUUGGUUAGUUGCUGUAGCCCAUAUCUUGUAUCUGACUGUAUCUUAACUCAUCGCUAUCUGAAAUAAGUUGAGAUAAACUAUUACACUUAAUUAAACUUGCCUGGUCCUUUGA